AUGGAACACGAUGAACACGUUGGAACUGUUGAGGAGACAAAGGAGGAGGUCAGACCUCCCCUUCAGCUCAAAGAUGCGCGAAUCAUGUCAAUUCCUGAAAGUGCCUAUUAUAUUCCCGGGUUUAUAACGCAGGAUGAAGAGGAUAGGUUGCUUCAGAAGAUACUAUCUGUUCCCGUUCCACGCUGGACACAGCUUUCCCGGAGACGCCUUCAGACCUGGCCAUCCGCAUUGACCAAAUCCAACACUCUUCUCGCCUCCCCCCUCCCAACUUGGCUGGUUUCUCCCAUCAUUUCCCGAAUUACGGCUCUUGGGAUAUUUCGGGAUUCACCGCACCACGCACCUAACCAUGUACUGAUUAAUGAGUAUAAAUCGGGACAAGGAAUCAUGCCUCAUGAGGACGGUGCUGCAUAUUACCCCGUUGUCGCGACGGUGAGUUUGGGGGCACCGAUUGUACUGGAGAUGAGUGAGAAAAUCGCAGAUCGCGCAAACACAGGCCAAGCGGGAGAAGGAAUUGGAGCAGAAGCCCAAGAAACAACGCCAUACCGGUUUAGAAUAUUGCAAGAAAGAAGAAGUUUGUUGAUAACGACUGGGAAACUAUACACUGAUUUCUUGCAUGGGAUUGAGGAGCGAAAAGGGGAUGCUGAUUUGAGCUCGGAAGCUGUUUGUAACUGGGAAUUACUUGGGGAUAAAGAUGCGUUUGCAGCAGGCAGUUACGAGAGGGAGACUAGAAUAAGCCUAACAUAUCGGGAUGUGCUCAAGGUCUCGAAGCUGGGGAAUACUAUGAAAUUCCUUGGGCCUAGAUGA